CGUUACUAAGUAAAUUAAAAAGUUGUAUUAAGUCUUUACUAAACUGCUCCCCCAUGUUUUACCCGCAGUGGUACGUUCACAGCAGGAACCCGGAUGUAGUAGACCGGAAACCCCAACCGCGCUGCUUUUGACUGCAGUAAAGGAGAUUGUGAUUUUAAAUGGGCAGAACCAGGACACUCGGCAUGUCGGACGAUACAAGCCGAGUUCCGAGCUACACGGUACCCUGUGACGACUACGUCCACGUGGUCGAGUUCAGUCCCUUCGCUUCGGGAACGCCCGCUUCUCUGCUGGCCUACGGUGGGAACCAAUAUGUGGUGGUGGGCACCUGCGUCUUCCAGGAGGAGGAUUUGGACGUCGAAGGAGUUAAAUUUAACGUUCUCCGUGCGUUUCAUCACGAAUUGCGAGUGGACGCUCUCGCCUGGAGCCCUGAAUCUCAUCUGGACAGGAUUCCGACCAUCAGAUUUUGCACGGCCGCAGCCGACAGAAGACUCCGCCUGUUGACUUCGGAUCUUCAGGAUCGCCAUGAGGUCAAGGUGAUGGAGGGCCACAGCAGCUACAUUAACCAUUUGGUGUUUGAGCCCUCUGAAGGGAAGCAAAUUGCUUCCGUCAGCGAUGACCACACUUGCAGGGUGUGGGACUUGGACGGAAGUCAGACUGCCACGUUCCGACUUCGCUCUCCUGGCAUUAGCGUUUGCUGGCAUCCAGAGGAAGUCUUCAAGUUGAUGGUGGCAGAGAAGAAAGGCACCAUUCGUUUCUAUGACCUAGUGACCCAGCAGGCCAUCCUGUCUCUGGACUCUGGCCAGUCGCCUCUCACCUCUGCUGACUGGUGCCUCACCAACACCAUCAAAGUGGGCGCUGUGGCAGGCAACGACUGGCUCAUCUGGGACAUAACGCGCUCCAGCUACCCUCAAGAGAAAAGGCCGGCCCACCGAGAUAAAGCACAGCAGUUCAAGUGGUCUCGAGCUAACGAAAACCUUUUCGCCACCACCGGAUGUCCGGGUAAGGUCAACACUCAGCUGCUCAUCCACCAUCUUGGCCACCCACAGGUUGCCGGUGACGAUCGGCUCGGCCACGGUGGGCUCUGGCCUGAGUUGGCACCGCACGCUCCCGCUGUGCGUGAUCGGCGGCGAUAGAAAGCUCUGCUUCUGGAUGACUGAGAUGUAACCACAGGGUAGUGGUGUUGCUUUUGUAAGUGAUUCAAUAAAAUAUGUAUUAUUAGUAUAUGCAUAA